AUGCGGCGGCCCUGGGCGCUGGUGCUGGGCGGGCUGCUCUCUGCCUGUGCCGCCGCCACCGCGGAACCGCCGCGGAGCUACCCUCAGAGUGCGGUGCUGGACGGUGCGGCCGCGUACCGCCUGCGCUGGGCUCUCCGCGGCAGCGCCUUGGCCGUGCGCCUGGAGGUGCGCACCCGCGGAUACGUGGGCUUCGGGCUGUCGGCCAGCGGCAGCAUGGCCUCGGCAGACAUCGUGGUGGGGGGCGUGAAGAGGGGCCAGCCCUACCUGCAGGAUUAUUUUACAGAUGAAAACAGAGUGCUCAAGAAGGACCCUCAGCAGGAUUACCAUCUGGAAUAUGCCAUGGAAAAUGGGACACACACCAUACUGGCUUUUAGCAGAGAACUGCACACCUGUGACACCAAUGACAGGAGCAUAACGGAGAGCACAGUGAGGGUGAUAUGGGCCUACCACCACACAGACCUGGCAGAAGCAGGCCAGAAUUACCACGGGGCCACGCGUGGCACAAAGAGCCUGCGCUUGCUGAACCCUGAGAGGGAAGAAGCCUUCUCUGCCUCUUUGCCAUACUUUGACCUGACAAACAGAGACGUUCCUGUGCCAGACAAGGAUACAACAUAUUGGUGCCAAAUGUUCAAGAUUCCUCUGCAGCAGCAAAAGCAUCAUGUGACAAAGGUUGAGCCACUGAUCCAGAAAGGCCAUGAGAAUCUGGUGCACCACAUCCUGCUCUACCAGUGCAGCAGCAGUUUGAACAACAGCGUGCUGGACUAUGGGCAUGAGUGCUACCACCCCAACAUGCCAGAUGCCUUCCUCACCUGUGAGACAGUCAUUUUUGCCUGGGCCAUUGGAGGAGAGGGCUUCACUUACCCUCCUCAUGUUGGCUUGUCCCUUGGCACAGCAGCAGACCCUCAGUUUGUUCUGAUGGAGGUGCACUAUGACAACCCAUCAUACACAGAAGGCUUGAUAGAUAACUCUGGUCUGAGGCUCAUUUACACUCCAGUGCUAAGGAAAUACGAUGCUGGGGUUAUUGAAGCUGGUCUGUGGGUCAGUCUAUUCCACAACAUCCCACCAGGCAUGCCUGAGUUCGUGUCAGAGGGUCACUGCACACAGGAAUGUCUCACAGAGGCUCUAGGUGCUGAGAGGCCUGCAGGGAUCCAUGUGUUUGCAGUGCUGCUCCACGCUCACCUUGCUGGCAGAGCUAUCAGGUUGCGCCACUUCCACAGAGGCGAGGAGCAGAAGCUGCUGGCCUAUGAUGAGGAGUUCGACUUCAACUUCCAGGAGUUCCAGUACCUGAAAGAAGAAAGAACCAUCUUGCCGGGCGAUCAUUUGAUCACAGAAUGUCACUACAGUACUGUGGACCGGAUCCGCAUGACCUGGGGUGGUCUGAGCACCAGGAAUGAGAUGUGCCUGUCCUACCUGCUCUACUACCCCAGGAUCAACCUCACCCGCUGUGCCAGCAUCCCAGACAUCAUGGAGCAGCUCCAUUUCAUUGGUGUCAAGGAGAUCUACAGACCAGUCAGGACUUGGCCUUUCAUCAUCAAGAGUCCCAAGCAGUAUAAAAACCUCUCUUUCACGGAUGCAAUGAACAAAUUCAAGUGGUCCCCCUCAGAGGGUCUUUCCUACAAUGACCUUGUGCUGAAGCUGCCAGUGAACGUCAGAUGUUCCAAAACUGACAAUGCAGAGUGGUCGAUUCAAGGCAUGACAGCUUUGCCCCCUACCAUAGAGAGACCCUACAGGACAGAGCCAGUCAUCUGCAGCUCUUCUGCUGGUUCACGUUGCAGUUUGCUCCUCAGCCUCUUGUUUGUUGCAUACCUCCCAGCCAGCACCAUGGCAAACCUGAGGCUCCCUGUAUAA